AGAGCGGGAGGAGGAAGGCAAACUCUCCUAUUUUAUUAUUUUUUUUGCAACGAGCGCCUGCGCUCGGGAUACUCUCCAACCAAUAACGAACGGGCCGGCGAAUGGGGCGGAGAGAGGCGGACAGACGUCGGAGGUUCUCAUCCGGGCAGCCCAGCAGCGCAUGGAACACACACUACGACUAGAGGAAAAUCCUACGCAAAGACACACACACAAAGAUGACGAUUGCCCAGUGAAAUAUCCAGUUGCGGGUGGGUUGUCGGUGUUGAACGAGCUCAAAAUUGAACUCUCUCUCUCCAAUCCAUUUCACCGCUCCUCUAAUCCCAUCCGAAAAACUAAAAUUAAUUAUUAUUUUGUUUUAAAUUCCACCUUUGCAAUCAUCCGGAAGGUUCAUUAGACUAAACUACUCUGCUCUGUGUUUGUUCGGCUAUUUUGAUUGAUCAAUCAUUUGCAGAAUUUCGUGAAAUUCCAGCCGGAAUUGAAAAAAAAGGGAAGGUCUGUCUGUGUGUGCGUGAAGAUUGUCGAAUAAUCAUUAUGUCGUCGCAAUAAAAAAAGAAAAAAAGACGUGGGGGCCGUGCUGGGUGCCUGGCGCCGAGUGUCGUCGCGAGAAUGCGGUAGUUGGUGCGUGUCGUCGUCGCCAUUAGACGCGAUUUGUGUCGUCUCAGUGAACAAACACUUUCUUCUCUCUCUGCUCUGUGUGUUAUAUAGUCUCCUUUUUGGCUCCUAAUAGUGCUGCUGCCAGUGUGUGUGUGCUCUAGAGAGUGUGUCUAAAGAUAAUUAAGAUCCUAAUCCUCCUUCUCCCCCGGCCCCCGACUCUCCUGAAAUGCAAUCAAAGUGAAAGAGAAAACAAAUGGAAUUGAUAAUGCCGUCCUUCUGCUGCUGGCCAUCAUCGAUAGUGUCAUCGUCUUUGAUCGAAUUCAUGUCCUGCUUUAAUAGUGGUAGUGGUAGCGGUAGAAGUGGUGAUGGUAGAGUGUCCGGCUUACCCAAUAACGUUGUGUCGCUGAUCCAGCUCUUGGUCCAGCGCUUUGAUCACCCAUCGACGAAUGCUGAACUUCAAUUAUAAUUGCCAGUCUGAUCGAGGAAUGAGCGACAAUAAGUUGGGCAACAACAACUCGACGGCCAUUGCAUCCAUUUCGACUUAUUUGCCCGGCUCUACGCCUCCUUCACCAAAGACCACAGCCACUCAAGGCGGCCCGGCCAAAAUGACGUCGACAAACUUUGCACCGUUGCCAGCGGGAGCCAACACGGCCAACCCAGUGACGCCCGUUGUCGUGGCUCCGACGACGCCCACGACGACGACGACUCCGACGGUGGCAGUUCUGGUCCCGUCCAAGAUUGAUCCGCUCCAUCAUCAUCAAGCGGCCAACAAGGCCGCCAAAAGUGGCAGCAGCAGCAGCAAGUCGCCCAGCAAGAAGAAACAAUGGCUGGCCGGCAGUGGCCAGCACCCGGCAGCAGGUCCCAGAUCUUCCGUUCCCGAGAGGCGCUCGUCGUGGAGUCGCCGAUCGCAGCGCUCCGAACGGAGUCACCAUCCGCUGGAUGGGCAGCAACAACAACAACCGUUGGCCAACAACAAUAGCAGUGUCGUCAUGGCCGUCAGCACGCCCAACAUGUCGAGCGCCAUCAGACGGGCAGGAAGGGCUUCCUCGGCCGCCGACGCCCACAGCGCCGCCGGAAGGGUUGGCUUGCUCUCCGGAAGUGAUACGGACGGCGACCAAGACGACGAGGAGGAGCAGCGGCUCAUGGCCGGAAUGCGGAUCCAAAUGAUGUCGUCACCAGGCGGCGGCGGAGCGGCCGGUGCUGGCCAUCCAGGAGCACCGCUGCACCAGUAUCACUCGCAUUCAAUGACUUCCCUUCCGCCGGAGCCGUUCAUGAUCAUGCGGAGCAAAGCGCUCAACCGCCGGGUCAGCAUCAACGUGGGUGGCGUCCGGCACGAGGUCCUCUGGCGGACGCUGGAGCGUCUUCCGCACACGCGACUGGGCCGCCUGCGCGACUGCAACAGUCACGAGGCCAUUGUGGAACUGUGCGACGACUAUUCGCUGGUGGACAACGAGUACUUUUUCGACCGCCAUCCGCGCUCCUUUUCGUCCAUCCUCAAUUUUUACCGGACCGGCAAACUCCACCUGGUGGAAGAGAUGUGCGUCAUCGCCUUCUCCGACGACCUGGAAUACUGGGGCAUCGACGAGCUCUACCUGGAAUCCUGCUGCCAGCACAAGUACCACCAGCGCAAGGAGCACGUCCAUGAAGAGAUGCGCAAGGAGGCCGAGAGUCUCAAGCAGAGAGACGAGGAGGAAUUUGGCGAAGGAUUUUGCGCCCACUACCAGAAAUUGUUGUGGGAUCUCCUGGAAAAACCAACGUCCUCUUUCCCCGCCAGGGUCGUGGCCGUGAUUUCGAUCCUGUUUAUAAUCCUGUCGACGGUGGCCCUGACGCUCAACACUUUGCCGUCGCUGCAAGAGGAGGGCGAAACGGAGGGAACGACGAUGGACAACCCGAGUCUGGCGACGGUGGAGGCCGUCUGCAUCACGUGGUUCACGGCCGAGUACCUGCUGCGCUUUGCCGCCUCGCCCAGCAAGUGGAAAUUCUUCAAAGGAGCCCUGAACGUGAUCGACUUGCUGGCCAUUCUGCCCUACUUCAUAUCGCUGCUGCUGAUCGAGACGAAAAACAAUUCCGACCAGUUCCAGGACGUGCGUCGGGUGGUUCAAAUCUUCCGCAUCAUGCGGAUCCUGCGCAUCCUCAAACUGGCCCGCCACUCGACCGGCCUGCAGAGUCUCGGCUUCACCCUGCGCAAUUCCUACAAGGAGCUGGGCCUGUUGAUGCUCUUCCUGGCCAUGGGCGUCCUCAUCUUCUCGUCGCUGUGCUAUUUCGCCGAGAAAGACGAGCCCGGUUCCAAGUACACCAGCAUUCCAGAAACCUUCUGGUGGGCCGGAAUCACCAUGACGACCGUCGGCUACGGUGAUAUCUAUCCGGUCACACCCUUAGGGAAGGUUAUCGGAAGCGUCUGCUGCAUUUGCGGAGUACUGGUCAUUGCCUUGCCUAUCCCCAUCGUCGUCAACAAUUUCACAGAGUUUUACAAGAAUCAAAUGCGGAGGGAGAAGGCCCUGAAGCGCAAAGAGGCCCUAGAGCGGGCAAAGAGGGAGGGCAGCAUCGUCUCCUUCCAUCACGUCAACCUCAGGGACGCCUUCGCCAAGAGUAUGGACAUCAUCGACGUCAUCGUCGAUACAGGUCACAACAUGUCGCAGACGGACGGGAACAGCAUGGGCGGUGAGAGUGGGCCGGUUGGACACACUGGCACCGGUUGCUACAAGAAUCACGACCACAGUAUGAUGUUGCAUCCGCAACAACAUCACGGGACGUCAACCGCCGCCACCACCACCAACCGGCUGGUACCGCUCAAUGCUCCUGGCGGGCAGCGUCGAAACUCGGCCACGACCGGCGCCAUCUCCAUCGCCGCCGUCACGGCCCUACUCACGUCCAGUCCAGCCACCAACGUCAGCGGCAUUGCCCAACACCAACCGCUGGCAGCUCCUUCGUCCCAACAACAACAACAACAGCAGCCCACCACGCCCAAUAACUUGGUGGAUUUAGGUGAUUCGCCGUGUUCGAGAAAGAGAUUGUUAUCGUUCAACGAUCAGCCUCCGGCUGUGAAUUCGGCCGCCACUCCCGUCAUGUCGCCUCACCGGCCACCGCGUCGGGUGGACAACAAUCACGGCGGUUCGACUACUACCCGUACAGGAGGUGGUGGUGGACCUCCUGGUAAUUCGAGUAGUAGUAAUAACAACUCCACCGCUACUGCAGCAGUGGCCGCCCUAGCGGCAACAACAUCUUCCACAUCCGCAUUCCAUCACUCGCCGGAUUUGAAUGAGUUUGUAGAGUCGCUACCGGGAUUGAGAAAGCUCCAGCCCUAUUCUUCUUCUUCUACUUGCUCGACUGCUGCUAUGAUCAAUAUGAUGGCGGCUGGGCCGGCUACAACCUUGAUCGAAAUGCAGCCGUUGGGACAACAACAGCCAACAACAGGAGCUACCAGCAACAAAUCAUCGCCGGCCAGGUCGCAGAGACGGGCCAGACCCACCGAUUUGGCCAGUUUUGACAGCUCAGAUACCUGGGCCAGCUGCAAUCCUUUUCCCAGCAUCACCGACCUGGCCGGCUGGUCGCCACAGAGCGGAACAGGUCCGGCCGAGCGGGACACUUCCGAGCUGUACGUCAAACCGCUAGAGAUGGGAAAACAACAGCAGCAACAACAGCAACAACAUUACGGGACGGUUGACGAGACUUCCAGUUUACUUUACCAGCAAAUCAACGAGCAGCCGGACGACGACUCACCCGUCAAACAGCCGUCCAGCAGCAACAAACCGCGUCCGAGAUUCAAAGAAGCUUUCAGCUCGGACGACGAGGAUUCCUCGUCGUGUUACCGCAGUCCGGCCAAAAUCCCGAUGGUCUCAUCGUCAACUUCUUCUUCCAAGAACAAGGAAACUUCCGCCGGAAAAUCUGGCGGAGGAGGAGGAGGACUCGUCAGUACGGUCAAUAAAAAGUUCCGCCAAAAGUCGACCAAUUCCGGCGGCAGCAGCGGAGGCAAACCUUCCUUCCUGACGGGCAAAGGCAUCGCCUCGGCCACUCGUUUCCUCAACUAUCGAUUCCACAGUCUCCAAAGUGCAGAUAAUCGGGGACGCGCAAGUCCCGACCGGAAGAAAUCCAUUCUGAAACGGUCGAGUGAUACGACGGGAGGUGGUGGAGGUGGAUCAACUUCUGUGGGUUCGACGUCGGCCGGCGCCCUGUCGGAUCACACGGACACGGAAAUGGAGAAGUUGAUCGGCGGCAGCGGAGGGAUGGAUGAGAGAGGCGGUGCCACGGCGUCGGAGAGCGGCUCGGAGCCGUUUUCUCCCGUUGUGGCUCAGCGGAGUAGCCGGGCAAGGAUGACGGACGGAUUGCUGGGAGGUAACAAGACGGGCCGGAAGCCUUCCAGGCCGUCUGGUACGCCGGAUAGUAUCGGUCACAUCAGCAUCAACAUGGGCGGGGGGACGAACAUGACGACGACGUCGUGCGCGCUGGAAGAUUGGCCGUUUGCCGACUACUCGCCGACGGACGAGGCCAUCACAUCCGCUCCAGCCGGAGGAGGUCAUCCAUCCGCUACGUGAAAAAUCCCUCGAGGACCGACACACGAACGGAGAUUGACACACACAGAAAGUAGCCAACGUUUGGAAGAAAAAGGAAACGCUCAAAUCGGUAACGAAUCGAGAGAAGAAAUUGGCCGAAAGGCGGCCCGUUCAAACCUCCCCCCCAGAACUUCAAAGGAAACGAAUAACAAAAAAGGAGUGACAAUCACACACACGCAAGCUAUUCUACCACACACACACAUAUUAUCGUCUAUUGUGCUGUCCCGCGUCUAUCUCUCUUGCGUAACAAUGCGCAAAAAAAAAAAAAAAAACGAAACGUGACAACUUUUUUGUGUUUCUUCUCCCAUUUUCGCCGAAGCAAUACCAAUAAAAUGUUAUGUACGUGUGUGUGUGUGUCAUAUGGAAUUCUCCAAUGUCUGUUAUUAUUAUGUAUAAUAGUGGAAAGUGUUGGAUAUGAUUCUAAUUAACGGGGAUUUUCAUUCCAGAAAAUGUGACGCAUCAAAAACAAAUUUCGACGUUCGUCGUCUAAUAGUUCAUUGUAUUCUCUCUCCCGUUUCUUAUAUAUUUAAAUCAUUGUGUGUCCACCAAAAAUGUUUUAAAAAUUGACAAAAAAAAAAGAUUUGUAGAAAUAUUUCUCAACCCGCUCAGAGCUUCGAUAUUAUGACGUCACACACACAAAUGAUUUUUCUUUCUUCUGCCGGGAGGAAAGUUUUAUAAUAUCAUGUUGGAUAAUAUCGACAGUUUGGUAUUUCGUGUAUCAUACAAGUUCUCUCUACUCCCCCCCCCCCCCCCAACAACAACAACAACUGUAAUAGUGAUGUGUGAGGUUUAUCUAUCUCUUGUCUUAAAAAAGAAGAAGCUCUCUAGUUGAUUGGAUGUGACUUUUAUAUAUAUUUCUCUUUCUUCUUCUCCAUCUUUGUUUGAUAUAUUUCCUAGGAAUUUUCCUUCCUCCACACACACAUGAAAAAUAUAUAUAAAUAUAUUAUUAUAGAUUGUCUGUUUUUAAAUAAAAGAAAAACGUGUGUGUGUGUGUGGUUGGAGAGAGAAAAUUCGUGUCAAUUAUUUAUACCGGAGCUCGCACAGAGCUGUUAUGUAUACCAAUCCCCCCCCUGCCCUCCUUAUUCUUCUCUCUCUCUCUUUGUAAUUCUAUUUCAAUUUCAAAAUUGUUUCUUCGUUUCUCCUUAAUGAAUUUUAAAAAAUGCAGUUCGGAUUUUUGUAAUUAUUAUUUUUUAAAAAAGGAUAAAAUAGCUCGGCGGAUUUGUUUCUUCUCAGUGUGUACACGUCCGACGGAAUACCGUGCAGCGCUCAAUCAUUUUAGAUUUCCUCCUUUCUGAUUUUAUUAAUUGAUUUAAAAAAAAAGAAAAAACGAAAAAAAAAAGUUAAAUUGUUUUUUUUUUUUUAAACCUUUCCCUUUUUAUUACCCAGGAGAAUUUGUUUGUCAAAAAACCUUUCUUCCUCUCCUUUUCUUCAGCUCAUAUCCGCUAUAUAUACACUCCUCAUAUGACUGGCUAUUUUAACAUUAACAUGAGUCAUGGUGUGUGUGUGUAUAAUACGAUCAUUAAUUGACGAAUGACAUUUUUUUUCAAGUCGCCCACCUUAAUUAAUCUCUACGUUUACCCAAAAGUAUGUUUUGUCACGCCCUUCAUUGCUGUUGUUAUAGCGGAGUCUUAAAAAAAAGCUGUCGGAAACGAA